AUGACUGGGAGUGGGCGACCUUUGCUAAUGAAGUUCUUUCACAUCAGUGAUACCUGGUUUUCACUCUGGUUCUUAAUGCUACCUGAUGAUGCAUUCCUCCAGAAAGUCAAGGACACAUUUGAGGAAGAUGAGAAUAUAAGAGUUUACUUGAGGGAAUUUGCACAUGUCAAACAUAGCUAUAUAGAGUGUGCCAGGACUGAUAUCAAGAUAAUCUUGAAAUGGAUACAGAGAAGUUAUGCAGAGGCAGUGGGUAUCAAGAAAAAGAACAAUUGGAUACCUGUCAAUCUUACAGACUUAAUGAGCCAGGACCUCAUUCUUAAUCAACAGCAUGCAAUGGAGCUAUGGUACAGUAUACUGCAUGUGCAGAGAGUGAAAGUGCAAAUUACAGGUGAUACACUGCCAUAUGCUUUGCCUUCUCAUAUGCUUGAAGAAUGUGGUUUGAAAAAGCAGCAGUAG